AGUAACGGACAAUGGGUGGCACUAUUUCGCUGUGAAAGGCUGUGUGCUUGAACCAUACGGGCUGCAACAACAAGGAAGUGGCCGACUCACCAGUACGCUGUUGUCAAGAUGGCACCGAGUGGACUGAAAGCGGUAGUUGGAGAGAAAAUCCUCAACGGGGUCAUCAAAAGUGUCAGAAAGGAUGGAGAAUGGAAGGUUCUUAUCGUGGAUCACAUGAGCAUGCGGAUUCUGUCCUCUUGCUGCAAGAUGUCGGACAUUUUGGCAGAGGGGGUGACCAUUGUGGAGGACAUUAAUAAACGAAGGGAGCCCAUCUCCAGUUUGGAGGCCAUUUAUUUGAUCUCACCAGUGGAGAAGUCAGUCCAUGCGCUCAUUAAUGACUUCAAAUAUGGUGCCUUUACGUACAAAGCAGCACACAUCUUCUUCACCGACAAUUGUCCAGAUGGUCUCUUCACAGAGAUUGGCAGAUCCAGAGUUGCCAAGGUUGCCAAGACUUUAAAAGAGAUCAAUGUUGCCUUCCUGCCGUAUGAGUCUCAGGUAUUCUCUCUGGAUGACCCGACCUCCCUGUACUCCUUCUAUAGUUCAAAGCCAAAUGAGGGAAAAGACAAAAUGAUUGAAAAUCUGGCAGAGCAGAUCGCCACCCUGUGUGAUACACUCAAGGAAUACCCCGCUGUUCGUUACCGCAAGGGACCAGAGGAGAAUGCUAGACUGGCUGAAGAGGUCUACCAGCGCCUUAAUGCUCACAAAGCUGACAACCCAAGCAUGGGAGAGGGUCCAGACAAGGCGCGAUCCCAGCUCCUGAUUGUUGAACGGGGCUUUGAUCCCAUCUCGCCAAUUCUGCAUGAGUUGACCUUGCAGGCAAUGGCCUACGACUUGCUAGAUAUCAAACAGGACAUCUAUACUUAUCAGACAACCGGAAUUGGGAAUGCGAAAGAGAGGGAAGUGCUACUGGAUGAAGAUGAUGAACUCUGGGUUCAGCUCAGACAUAUGCACAUUGCAGAUGUCACCAAGAAAGUGACGGAGCUUCUUCGCUCCUUUUGUGAGAGCAAGCGAAUGUGCACUGACAAUGCCAACAUAAAAGAUCUCUCUCAGAUGUUAAAGAAGAUGCCACAGUAUCAGAAGGAGCUGAGCAUGUACUCUACUCAUUUGCACCUAGCUGAAGCUUGUAUGAAGAAAUUCAAGGCCUCCCUUGAUAAGCUUUGUGAAGUGGAACAGGACCUGGCAAUGGGAGAAAAUGCAGAAGGGGAACCUUUGAAGGAUGCCAUGAAAAGCAUUGUUCCUGUGCUCCUCAACAAUGAAAUUGAGGCCUAUGACAAAAUCCGCAUCAUACUGCUGUACAUAUUCCACAAGAAAAAAGGCAUUGGGGAGGAGAACCUUGCUAAGCUCAUUCAGCAUGCAAACAUACAGAAUGACAGCAGCAUCAUCACCAACCUGCAGAACCUUGGCUGUAACAUUAUAGCUGGGGGCCUCAAUUCUGGGAAAACACUGCCAGAGCGGAAGGAGCGCACAGAGAGCACAUAUCAGCUCUCCAGAUGGAUACCCAUCGUCAAAGACAUUAUGGAGAAUGCCAUUGAGGACAAACUGGACAGAAAGCAGUGGCCAUUCAUCUCAGACCCUGCGCCCAUCAACACAACUCAAACUGCAGUCAGCAGUGCACGUUUUGGACACUGGCACAAAAACAAAACUCCAGCAGAAUAUCGCUCUGGCCCUCGACUUAUAAUAUUUGUGAUUGGCGGGGUGUCCCACUCAGAGAUGCGCUCUGCCUAUGAAGUUACUCGAGCCACUGAUGGAAAAUGGGAAGUGCUGAUUGGGUCAUCCCAUAUCUUGACUCCAACUAGCUUCCUUAAUGACCUGAAGAGUCUGGACCAAGUUCCUAAUCCUGAUUGUUAGAUAGUUUGACCAUCUAACAUUCAGCACACUGGAAUAAGGGUUUGGUGUUACGUCUGAGAUGAUUCAUUGCUAGUCUUCUGUCAAAGUGCUGUGACAUCUGAAGUGAAAUGUGAAGAUGAAUUUUAGAUGUAGCAAUGGAAGGAAAAACUUGUGAUUCUUUAUUUUAUUUUAGAAUGUUCUUUUUAUUAUAUGUUGCAAAUUGGGUUAUGUAUACUGUUGUGAUUGAAAUUGUAUUAAUAUAUUAGAUAUUAUUAAUAUUUUGAUCGUUUUACUGCUCUCAUCCAAAUUAUUAUUUUUGUUACUGCAAGAUAUAUAUUUGAUUUACUAAAUUUUGUACUCAAAGCUGUAAUUCCCACUAAACAGGAUCAAAAAUAUUGCUCAAGCCUAAUGUAGAUAUAAGUCAAGUGAAGUAUGUACCAUAUAUUAAGUGGCAUCAAGUGUGGCAUGCCUUUCGUUUCUCUCUUCCUCCAGGUAUCCUUUUCCCCUUUUCUGGGAAAUUUAAUAACAGACAAAAUGUCUCAACUGCUGUCUUAAAAAAUCUUGCACAUUUACUGUGUACUUUAAUAUAUUGCUGGGGGGAAGUGUGGUGUGUGUUUGUUUCUCUGUUGUUUAAAAUGAGAAAUAAAAGAAGCAUGAAAUUCA